GCAGGUGGAACUUCCAGAAGUGUAUGCGAGAUCUGGACUUCUGCUACAAUUCUCCAUGAUUGUACAAACUAUCAGCAUAGUACUAGCGACAUUCCUCUUCACUGUAGCAAAAACAAUGCUGAAAGAAAGCUAAUUAAUGCUUUCCACGAGAUUCUUUCGCACAUCAACAAAUUAGCUAAAAAUAGAACAAAUAGGAAUGAUCUGUUAAAAUUUCAGUUUGUUUGGGUAACGGCAACUGCUCCAUAUAUGAUUCUGACGGUACUAUUCGUACGUGGCAUAACGCUUCCAGGUGCAUCGACAGGAAUUUAUUAUUAUUUAACGCCAAAUUUUGAAAUGCUCCUGAAUAUUGAUGUAUGGACAGCAGCAGCCACACAAAUCUUUUUCUCGCUCGGUCCCGGUUUCGGUGUCCUGCUUGCACUGAGCAGUUACAACGACUUCGAAAAUAAUUCUGUCACAGAAAAAUUACUGCACAACUUUAAAUUUGAUGCAGUAUUGACAUCGAUCAUCAACUGUGCCACAUCAUUUUUUGCUGGUUUCGUGAUAUUUUCUACGCUUGGCUACAUGUCAACGCUAACAAAUGUACCAGUAAGCGAAGUUGUCGGCGAUAAUGAUGCUAGCUUGAUAUUCAUCGUUUAUCCACAAGCAAUCGCCACAAUGUCCUAUUCGAACUGCUGGUCGUUCAUAUUUUUCGUCAUGCUCAUCACUCUCGGUAUCGACAGCACGUUCAGUGGGAUCGAAGCACUGAUUACAGGAUUUUGUGACGAAUACCCGCGAGUUCUUGCACGGAGACGGGAGAUAUUUGUAGGCUUCGUAACUAUCAUUUAUUACUUUGGCAGUCUCCCAACAGUCACAUACGGAGGCAAAUAUGUGAUUCCAUUUCUGGAUGAAUACGGUGUUUCUUUGUCAGUACUAUUCAUUGUGAUGUGCGAAAUGGUUGCCGUGUGUUGGUUCUACGGGGUUCGACGGUUUUGCCAAGAUAUCCAGCGAAUGCUCGGCUUUUUUCCUUCACUAUACUGGAGAUUUUGCUGGACUUGUUGUCCAGUUUUUAUUGGCGUAAGUAUUCAAUAUUUUCUGGGAUUGCAUGCUAUAUUUUUUGUUACGGUUUAUAAUACUUCAAUGAAGCCGAUGACCGAUGGCUCGUACACAUAUCCACAGUGGAGCGCCUACUUCGGCUGGUUCCUGCGUUUAACGUCAAUUCUCAGCAUUCCUAUUUUUGCCAUUUACUUUCUAUGCACCGCAAACGGCACUUUGAAGCAGGUAACUGACCAUUAA